UUCAUGUUUGGAUGGUAUUCAGUAUUGAUAAUUAUAUGAAAGUGAUUUGGAUUAGAGAAAACUGAAAAUAUUCUAUUGAAUUUUGUUAGGGUAACGUGAGGUAUCGAUUGGCUAGUUCAGCCCUCUAUCGAGAAAGCAGUAUAACUUCGACGUUAAUAUCCUGAAUCACGUUCUUCUCUCAUAAUAACAAGGAGGGUGUGAAACUUUGUCCUUGGGUUACAAGAAAUGUUGUUACGGCUCUAUUAACAUGUCGAAAUUAAACUUGCGGGAAAUAAGUGCGGAAAGUUUGCAGCUUAGCUUACAGUUUGAACUGUUGAAUGCCAGUGACUAUCAUGAAUUUAAUAAUCGUGCUCAAGUAAUGGAUUUGAGAUAUAGAGGCCGAUGUCGAUGAUCCUGUGAAAAUCAUGUGUCUCAUUUUAUGGAAGGCUGUGGUGGCCCGUCUUCGAGUUUUGUUGAUAAUUUCUUAUCUUAUUAUUGUAGGAAGUUGUUCUGAAGAUGAAGAGCGGUUAGUUCGUGAUCUCUUUAGAGGUUAUAAUAAACUUAUUCGACCUGUACAGAAUAUAACUGAGAAAGUGGACGUCAGAUUUGGUCUAGCAUUCGUGCAACUUAUCAAUGUCAACGAGAAAAAUCAAAUUAUGAAAUCAAACGUCUGGCUGCGAUUGGUUUGGAAUGAUUAUCAGUUGCAAUGGGAUGAAGCUGACUAUGGAGGAAUUGCUGUUCUUAGGUUACCGCCUGACAAAGUCUGGAAACCGGAUAUAGUCUUAUUUAACAAUGCUGAUGGUAACUACGAAGUUAGAUAUAAAUCGAAUGUAUUAAUUUAUCCUAAUGGUGAAGUAUUAUGGGUUCCACCUGCAAUAUACCAGAGCUCCUGUACUAUAGAUGUAACAUAUUUUCCUUUCGAUCAACAAACAUGUAUUAUGAAAUUUGGAUCCUGGACAUUUAACGGAGACCAGGUUUCAUUAGCCCUGUACAAUAAUAAAAACUUUGUAGACUUAUCAGACUAUUGGAAGUCUGGAACCUGGGACAUAAUCGAAGUGCCAGCCUACCUCAAUAUUUAUGAAGGAAAUCAUCCUACUGAAACGGACAUCACUUUUUAUAUUAUUAUUCGUCGGAAAACGUUAUUUUAUACCGUAAAUUUAAUACUUCCUACUGUACUAAUAUCUUUUCUUUGUGUGCUUGUCUUCUAUUUACCAGCUGAAGCCGGAGAAAAGGUUACACUGGGUAUCAGUAUUUUGUUGUCACUGGUUGUAUUUCUUUUGUUGGUAUCAAAAAUUCUUCCGCCAACAUCACUUGUAUUGCCACUUAUAGCAAAAUACCUUCUCUUCACUUUUAUAAUGAACACCGUCAGUAUUUUAGUAACAGUCGUGAUAAUAAAUUGGAAUUUCCGAGGACCUCGAACACAUAGAAUGCCUUCGUGGAUUAGGUCAGUUUUCCUUAAUUAUCUCCCAGCAAUAUUACUUAUGAAACGACCUCGCAAAACCAGAUUACGUUGGAUGAUGGAGAUGCCUGGUAUGGGUGUGCCGCCACAUCCAUAUGGAUCACCUACAGACAUUCCCAAAAAUAUAAGUUCCAUAGAAUCUCAAAGUAAAGUGGAAGUAAUGGAAUUGUCAGAUCUACAUCAUCAUCCUAAUUGUAAAAUCAAUAGAAAACCGACCGCAGCUGACUUAAGCGUGGGAGCUGGGGGUGAUAGUUGUAGAAGAGAGAGUGAAAGCUCUGAUUCUAUUUUAUUGUCUCCAGAAGCAUCGAAAGCAACAGAAGCUGUAGAAUUUAUAGCAGAGCAUUUACGCAACGAAGAUUUAUAUAUACAGACUAGAGAAGAUUGGAAAUAUGUGGCGAUGGUGAUAGACAGACUUCAGUUGUACAUGUUUUUCAUAGUAACUACAGCAGGAACUGUAGGUAUCUUAAUGGAUGCUCCUCAUAUCUUUGAGUAUGUUGAUCAAGAUAGGAUAAUAGAGAUAUACCGUGGUAAAUAAGAUAAUCAUCUUGGCUAAUGAAUAAUGUGGCUUCCACAAAAUGGCCUACGAAGCUAUACUAGAAAGUGAUUAAAAUAUAUAUAGUUUGUGCAUAAGAGACAGUUUCCUACUAGUAAUUGAAUAGAAACUAAAAGGUUAAUAAAACUGACGAAAACUUCGAGGAAAAUAGUAUAGUUAAAUCAAAAUAACUUUUAACGAAAUUAGGAGCUCUUGAUGUUAUCCAUGAUAUUUUCUUUUUAAAUAAAAUUAGCAGCAUCCCAUUGUACAAUACAGUAUUAUGCAAAAUAUGUCCAAAAUACGUUACUAUUGUUGAACCUCAAGUAUUUAAGUCAGGAUAAAAUCAUGUGUUCUCUACUUCCAGCUCAACUUUUAAUGUAAAUAUUUUCAUUUCAUUAAUUGAAAUUAUAUUUUUAAGAAACACUUUUUUCUUAAUAACUUUUUUUUUGUUAUCUUGGUACGAAAUAAAUAAUUUCAAAUUGUUACUAAAUUUAUCAUUGAGAUUAGCAAAAUAUAAAGUUAAUUCAAAUAUUUUUGGCAAAUGAGAUUAUUAUUAGCUUUGUCUCUUUUUUAAUAUAUUUUAGCUUUCACUUGAAAAUGACACAUUGCCUAUGACAUGGAAAAGUUCGCUUGCGUACCGAGCUAUAGUAUCAAAGUUUUAAUUUAAAAAUUGCACAAUUAACUUUAUCAUCUUAAAUUCGAAAAUAUACUUAGAUAUUCAAGGGAGGUUUUUUCAGUGAUAAGCAAUGUUUGUGAACCGUUUUUUACUUUUGUACCGAAAAUAAUAUAAUUGCUUGCACACUACGCUUUACUGACAACUAAUCAUUCGAGUCAUAACCAGCUUUUUUUCUUAAUUCAAAUAUAUUUGGAUGACAUAAAGGUCGGACUUACGGUUCAUUAUAUUUCAAAUAUAUGUACGAGGGCGGUUUGAUGGAAAUGUAAAUUUUCAAAGAUUGACAAUAGUUUCGCUAGAGUGAUUUAAUUAUUAGUUUUUUGGAAUUUUUGGAAUGACUGGAAACCCGUUGGAAUAGAAUAUUUUUCACAUUCAUUUUUGUCAUGGAAACCUCACAAAUUCUCAUGAAGGCAAACUUUAUAUAUAAAAGUUGAAAGAUAUUUCGAGUUGAUUCUAGUUUAUACAUUAUCUAAUAUUUUUUCUAAACAUAAAGUUUUGAUAUCUUCCAAAGAGGAUGGAAUAAAUGGUUGCAAGCUGAUACAAGAGUAGCCUACAUCGAAUGUUUAAUGUUCGCCUAGAUAAAUUAUUAUGAGAAUGAUCUUAUGUUUUAGUAAAUUUUUCAUAACGUACAGGUGUCAGCUAAUGUAGAUUAUACAAUAGGUCAAUUUAUUCGCAUUUAUGUAUGUAUGGUUCUAUAUUAAUAUCUAGCACUAUAUAAGUAUGCCUACAGUAAAAUAUUGCAACGGCAGUAAGUUAGUGUAUAGUUGUUAAUACUAAAUUUAAACACAAAGAAGAGAAUGAAAUUCAUAUAAUCCCAGGUAGAGUAACAGUAAAUCAAAUUUAUGUCAUUAUAAUACCCUAUAAAAGAAACAGAAUGAUCCGCGAGGUGGGUUUAUACAGAUAUAUCACAUUCUGGUGCUAGCAAAGCUAUGCCUAAACGUGAUAAAAAACAAAAUAAACAGGAAAAGACGAACAUAUGCAGAUGUUUCACGAUGUUGACAAUAUACUUGAAAAUAAUUAUCCAAAAGUUCUGUCAAGUGACACGUUCACAUUUGGGUUGCUUCGCUCUCGUUGGAGAAACAACCGUUGAAAGUACUUUAUUCACACUUUUGGCCAGGGUCACAUCUAUACUGAUGCUUCCUAGACGUUCCUCUAGAUCUGCACGAGAUAUUUUACUCUAUGUAAUCAAAUAAUUCAAUUCCCGUAUUUCAUAUAUAUAUAUAUAUAUAUAUAUAUAUAUAUAUAUAUAUAUAUAUAUAUAUAUAUAUAUAUAUAUAUAUAUAUAUAUCAAAAUACUAUUCCGCCGUUCUUCAAAGGGGAAAACAAAUACUCUCCUGGCUAAUGCCUCGACGAAU